AUGACUCCACCGCGGGAAUGCUUCGUCGUACCCGUGGCAGCAUUCCAGCUGGCCUACCAGGGCUUUCCAUGGCAGCCAUCUGUAGGCUAUGAGUCUGGAUCUUCCCUUGAGGGCAGGCGCUAUCCGAAUGGUGAGACUUACCCUGCGUGGCAUGAGAUUGAUGACAUGAUUGCAUCUCUGCCGGAUGGAACUCGGCUUUCUUUCCACCUGAAUGAGAGUGAGAAAUGUCCUUAUGUCAGUUCAUUGCUGCAGGGUGCGGAGGAUGCCCUCAAGUUAGUGGAUGUGCUUUGCAACAAGUACCAUGCGCGUCACAUCCAAAUCAAUAUUAAUGCGCGUGGUGUGCCCCCGCAGCUGUUCACUCCCGGAGCAGACUCCGAGAAAAGUGCAAUGCAGAUUGCAAAUCUGGCCAGCCAAUAUCCUGACACGCUGUUUGUCAUGCCAGUAUUCCGUAAAACAGAUGCUGAUGGUACGGUCGUUUCGGAGUCCUGGCCGUUUGUUCGCACCAUCCUGGAGAGCUCGGCGGUCAAGAGCGACGACAAGAAGCCAGCAAGGAACGUCGUUCCCUUCUUCGACAACUCUGGUGGCAUGGGGAAGACUCCAGAUGCCGUGCCUGAAAUACCGCGCGAGUUCCCCAGAGAAGACGGCCAGAUGGUGGGGAUGACGGGCGGCAUCAAUGCCUCCAACGUCAAGGACUGGCUGUCGAAGUAUGCCGCAAAGGCGGAAGAGCAUGGCUUGGGCUGCAUCAGCGAUGCCCAGACUGGCUUCCGCGAAGGCAAAGAUAGAGGCAAGCCAAUCGAUGAGAAGGCCUUAGAGGACCUCAUGAGGAAUGUGUAU